AUGGAGGAUUCCACUGGAAAGCCUCUGUCUGGCCUGCGCUCGCUGGUUGCCAGGGUCCUUGGCGCCUCCGACCCUGGUGCAGACGACAAGGGCCCGGCUUCUCGCGCCGUCUCCGGAGCGUCCGAAGAGGACGAGAAUAAAGAGAAAAACUGGCUCAGCAAUUUUGCAGCUGUUGCUCCGGACCACAUCAAGCGAUGGACCAAUCCAGCCGACGGAAGCGGAAAUAUUGCGUAUGAACAGCUAGUCGAAAACCUGCGGCAGUUCAACAUUCCAGCCCGCCACGUCUCCGAAUAUACAGCAGCGCAGCUCUUAGGAGUGGAACCUGCACCACAGAACCUUGCCCAGGCGGAAGAAGCGCUGCCGCCCACCAGUACACCUCAGGACCGGCCCGCCGAGCGCUUCGUAACACCCCGCCCUCACAAACUCGGCUCCCAAGCAGCCUCAUACCUCGGCAGCAAGCAGCAUCCUUCCUUCACGCAGGUUGUUCCCGUGCGGGAGGUGACGAGGGCGUACAUUGGCCCCGUGCGUGAGAACGUGGGAGCCAUCAGUGGGGAGUCUUGCAAACUGCUCAAGAGACCGUGCGAGGAUUCAGAGGUUCCGCCGGAUUACGUCGAAGUCGUCGGAAGCAAACACGUCAGACCAAUCGGUGCUCCCAUUCAUGUUCUCAGCCGCCAGAGCAGCGUCCUCACUUCCUCCGAUGGAGCAGCAGCAGCACUAGCGCCCAGAACUGGACGCGAUGGAGAGUUAUUGCACAAACCCCCGCCUAUUUACCUCGAGCCCCUUAUCAACUCCAAAGAGAGCGCUGCCAGCGGCGCCCACCACACCAACCAAGCGGACGCCGUGGGCAGCAGCGCGGCAGCAGAGUACAUUGCCAGCAUUCCAAGACGCAAGCCUGGACAGGUUACUCUCGCGGAAGUUCACACGAAGGAGGACAAGGCAAUAUACGACGCCCUCAACAAGCCCGUCGUUUACACCAUGGGCACAUACGUCUGGUCGAAGGAGCAGGCUGAAAAGGGGGCGCUCCAUCCAGUGGACGUCCCUCCCGUGGAUGCGUAUUUUGGCAAAAUCUGUGAAGAGAUGUUUCACCCCGCCACGCCACGAGCUCCUCGAGAGCAGGAAGAAGCCCCCCCUCCUCGCUCCCCGCAGGAGGCUCCUAAGACUUCUGCUCCCACUGGCGCCGAACUGUGCAUCCCCGAGAUCCUUGAAAUGUGCAGAAAGUCACGCGACAAGCUGGCAGCCUUCGCAGACACCAUGGUAGAAACGCGCGAAGACACCCGCGUGGGAGGUCAAGGCCUCUUCGCGAGCACUCACAUAAAGAAGGGCCAAGUAGUCUUCGUUGAAUUGCCGCUGCUCACCUGCGACAUCGAGUCUGAGUCGAUGUGGACGGCUUUCACGGAGCUCUCCGAGAGCCAACAAGCGGCGAUGGAGACGCUCCAAGGGUUCCAGUUCGACUUGACGGAAGCAGAGUCUUUGUGGUGUAUUCUUUUGGCGAGAGCACACAAGCGCGUCGACUUGGCGCGAUCGUUCAAAACGUUUUUCGCGAAGGUCAAAAGAAACGCCCACGGCAUCCCCUCGCAAGCGCGCUGGGGGAUCUACCCGAAAGCCGCCAAAGUCAAUCACUCCUGCGAGCCAAACGUCACUUACCGCAACUUGGACGGCCUUCUGGUGUACUUUGCAACUCGCGACAUCGCGCCAGGCGACGUCAUUGCGAUGACGUAUAUCGACCAGCUUUACGCUCCCGCGUCGUUCCGCAGCAAGCGGCUCCAGCAGACGAAAUGCUUCUCCUGCAAGUGCCCACGCUGCAUCUCUGGGGAAGACAAGGCAAGACGCAUGUUGUGCCCAACCUGCCGUCCCAUAAAGCUGAAGAUCGUAGACUCUGCGACAGGCGAGAGCGCAGCAACCCUCCCGCCUCCUGCCCCCUCCCCGGAGAGCUCUCCGAAAGGCCACUUGAACGCCACGGCUUGUGACAUGAAGCCCUCCAAAAAAGACGCAGUGAAGGCUCCGCAGCUCGAGGAACCUUCUCCUGACGGAACGGAGGGAGAGGACACGUCUGCCCACGCUUCCGAUGAUGACGGCAAGGCGCCCAUGCAGUCCAGCGACGACGACGAGGCAGCGAACUCGGCGUAUGCAUCCAGCGAGGCUGCGGGGGAAGAGGCAUGCGCAUGCGCCGAGCUGGAAGGCGCCGAGGGCGCCUUUGAAGAAGAUUCCAAAGCCGAGGCAGAGAGCGAAGCAGGAGGCAGGGGGGAGGGCGAAGGAUCCUUAGCCGGCGACGAAGGCGCGCAGGGAGGCUGUGCAGACAUUUCGGACGCUGCUUCUCUGAGCGACGGCGAUCGCUCUCAAGGCGAGCAUUCGGAUAGCGAUGCAAGCGAAAGCACCAGCAAGCCCUGCGCAGCGCACAUCAAGACGGCAGGAUCGGGGAGCCAGCUGAGGCUGUCGAUCUUCGCCAUGAAUGGAAUGGCGAGUCGAAGCACAGAGUGGUAUCCAGGGGAGUCCUCUGAAGAGGAGCGCACUGAGCGUUUUCCGUUGUGCGAGGGGGAGGAGGCGGAGACUUCUUCCUCGCCUUCUGCUGAGCCUGCCGGAGCAGCAGCGGCUGCUGCUGCCGCUGCAGAUCUGCCUCCACGCAUGUACUGCCAGCGCGGUUCCAGCGGUGUCUGGCUGUGUGCCUCCUGCGAAGGACGGUUCACGGACGACGACAUGCCCGUUGGCGCAGAAGACUACUUCGAGCGGCUCUACCUCGACUUGCAGAGCAAGUUCAACUUCCCAACCACGCCUCAGUGGACUGUCGACGUGGGCUCCUUGAUCAAAAGCAUUGAAGUGGUUCUGGGAACGGAGCACUGGCUGUAUGCCGCAUGCAACUUGCUGCUGGCGCAGCUCUACCUCGGGCAGUGGGUAGGCGGCACGGUGCGAGAUGCCAUCUUCGACAGAUCCCUCCAGCAUGCAGAAGUGUUCAUGAAAUACGUGGAACGGACAGCGAGGGAGGCUUUGCACGUGGACUGCGCUCCGCUGGCAGCGUCGCUCAUGCGUGUGCUGCUCUUCAACGGACGGUGGAGCUUGUUCGAAGAGUGGGUAGCCAACGGUCGGCUCGAUCUUGUGCGAGACUGCCUCGGCGUGUGGGAUGAGGCUUACGUGGCUUUCUCCGAGGCGCAUGCCUACUUGCAGUCUUGCCGCGCGAAAGGGGAGCUCCCCGAGCUCUCAGUUCUGCAUAGAUACGCGCAUACUGCGCAGCACACUGUCGUUCAAGCGGCGAAGAACCUCGAGGCGCAGGAGCUUGCGCAGAAGAAGACGCUUGAAGAGGCGACACGGCGGCAGCAGCAGAGCCGCGAGGCUGCGGAGAAGCGUCUGAAGGAGCUCCAGGAGAGGAACGAGCGUCUGCGAAAGCGCGUGAAUCACCUCAAAGCGCAAGCCGCUGCGCAGGCAAAGGUCAAGGAUGUCACGAGCACCCACGCGGAAAGCACACUUGCGAAAUUCAUGCUGGCAGGCGUCGACGGCUGCGUCAUUAACGACGCGGCGCUAGCUCUCCAGCAGGCCCAUGCGCAUGCGCAGCAAAUGCAGGAAGCGGCUCUCCAAGGCAGCCAGCUUUUCCCAGGCACCGUGGUUGCAGACAUGGCAUAUCUGCCUCCCCCUGGUGUCAUGCCUUCGGCGUAUUUGCCGCUACUCAUGCUAGACGAUCCCCUCAAAGCCAUUCCAGUCAGGAGCAGGGAAGCGCGGCAGAGACGAGCGGCAGUCGCGCGCGAGCAGGCGCUUGUGAACGAGCGGAAGGCUCAGCAAGACUUAGACUUCGAGGAAGACGAGUCUGUUGUCAGCGAAACGCUCGAACUGCAUGCACGAGAGGACGGUAACGCCGCCGAAAGGACGAUGAUCUACCGCAUUCCUGGGCUCCCAGGAACGGCUCCUGGGGAGUUCGUGAGUGUGUCGCAAUUGCUGCAUGACGAAGAGGGAAACCACGCCCCUCUGCCUUUGUUUAAGUCCUUCUUCUACGUCGAUACAGCCGAGCGAAGGCGCGCCGUGACAGCCGAGAACAAGAGCAGCUUCGUCGUUCUGGGAGCUUCAGGCGCCCCCCCCCAGUUCUCCAGGGAGGAGCUGGAAGACUUAGAAGCCGCCAAGCACAACUACCUCCACGAGGAGAGACAGCAAUUCGAAAAGGAAGUGCGGGCAGGUGUUCUCCUGGCUGCCGCAGAGGCGGGAGCUCUCCAAGACGAGCGCAGGCUGAUCGACGCUGUUGAGGCGACGAACAAAGUCAUCCAAAAAAUGGCCCUUCAAGACGCGAAGGCGGAGCGCGCUCUCGAGGAGGCGCGCCUCGCCUUCAAAGGCAUUCCCCCGCCGCCCCCUGAGGCUCCGCGUGGAAGCAUUCCGAAGGCAGUGGAAGGGGAGACUCCUCAGUCACCGUCUGGUGCAGCUGGUGCAAAGCUGGAAGUGCAAAUCGCUGCUGCAACGGUGAAGGAGAUCUUCGCGCCGCAGGAGGAAGAGCUGAAGCGCUCUCCCAGAGAAACAGCUGCUCUCCUCCCCAGUGUGUGGGAAUAUGUCGCUUCUCAAGAUCCUGAAAAGGGUCCUACUGUCUUCCUCUACCCCCCAACAAGCCCACCAGCUCCCGCGGCAGCUUCUCUAGAAGAGGCUCCGGAUAGCAAGCGGCUCAACGGAGAGUCAGAAGCGUCGGUUUCCAUACGCAAGAAGACCAUUAAGCCCCUCGACUUCUCGCGCAUUCCACCGCCUCCUAAUGUGGAGGGGCUCAUAGACUCUCUUGGCAACACCCAUCGACACUACAAACUGUCUCGCAUGAACAUGCUGACCAGUCGGUACACUUCCCUCACCUCCAGACACGGCGACACCCAGUGA